CCCCCCCAUUGAGCCUCCCUCCUGCUCUUCUCUCUCGCCCAAUCAAAAUGUCCGCCAAAUUCGCCUUCGCAAAGUCCCUCAAGGAGGUUCGCUUCCUCUUCUGCCAGACCUCCGAGAAGAGCGCAGCUGUUCGAUCUUUCCUCACCACCCAAUACCCAGCCAUCAAAAAGGCCAACCCCAACACCCCGAUCCUCCUCCGCGAAGCCGCCGGCACUCUCCCCAAAGUCUACGCUCGAUUCGAGUUUGGCAAUGAAAAGUCACAGUCUCUCGAAGGCCUGACAGACAAGCAGAUCGAAGAUACCGUCUCAGGACUGGUUAGCAAAGCAUAAAUUGGAAAGAAAGAAUUGUAUAUACACAAAAAGAAAUAAAAGAGGAGAUUGUGUCGGACAAGGGCUUCUGGCCUGCAUCCGUGUGAAGAAGAAGACGAGAUAUCAAUAUGGCCUAAUGACAUGG